UUUGACAGACGAGUUUGUCAGCAAGUUUUCAAAUUCAAGCGUCAUUUUUUGUUAUCAUAAAAUUAUCAGUUAAAAGUUCAUUGUACUAUCGAAAGAAAAAAUGCCCACCUCACAGAUUUACCUCGUGGAGAUGAUCAUAAGCCAGAUCGAAAUGGAGAAGAAGUAUCAAAUAACGAACAUCGACAAUUUGAUCGUCAAUUUUAAGUUCGCCAAUCUGAUCAAUUUCGAUAUCGGUACCACGUACUUCUCGUCACCCGUGAUCCAGGAGGACUCAGAAAAAUGUAAGAUUCACAUGAACUACGGCAAAACAUUCCUAUUUGUAUCGAGAUCCUCGGUACUGCGGCAACUGCUACAGACCGAUCCGUUCUUCAUCACCCUAUACGACGACAACAAAGAAUUCGGAUCAGUUAAGCAAACCUGGAACAAGGAGUUUGGAGAAAUGAUCAAGUUUUUUGAGUCACUCGGUAUAGUCAAGUCCACAACCAUUGAAGAGAAUUAUCCGCUAAAGAAUCAAAAUAACCACACCACCGCCACGAUAAACGUGUUCCUACGAAUGUCCUGCUUUGGACCGAACAUCCAGACCCUGUUUCAAAUCAAGGACGAAGGCCCCAAGGAGGUUUACCUUUUCAGGCAACGCCACAAUUCCAGGAUAUUCGAAGUGGAAAGGCAUAAUGAUGACAGGGUUCAGCCCCUGGUGGCUCCACUGUACAGCGGAGUCAUCGAUGCGAAAGCACGCCUCCCCUCACAAUUGUUGAUAAAAGAGAACGUCUCGCUUACUCAACUAUUUGAACGAGAGGCGGGAGGAAUGGUAGCCAAGGACAGCACGUACCAAGUGCUGAACGACGAAGGAGGGAUCCGACUUGAUUUUCAAGAAGAUUUCGAUAUUGUAUCUAUCUGUUUUAGACCAUCGGAGAACAAGUUCUUUGAUCUUUUGAAUAUAAUUAGUGCCGAUGUGAAAACAACGAAAGAUCAAAACACUGUGACCAUCCAGAAAAAGAACGUGGGUCGCACGGAAUCAUUCUUGAGGUCGGUUGGGGGCAAGCUGGCGGACACCAGUUUAAAAAUUGUGGACGAGGAUGACGAAAUUGUGGAGAUGACUGCUGAGAGAAUUGCGAGAAAGUUGUGCGGCAACAAGGAUUGUCCGGCUGCCAAGAAGUUUAAGGAAUACGGCAUUGGACCAUUAGCGACAGGAACAGCUUUAGGUACCAUCCACGGAGAUGUAGAACCACCAGUUACAUACGGAUUGAGUCACACUUACGGCACCAUGUGCGAGUAUGGACCGUACGGGGUGUUUUCCAGACCAAAACACGAGGAACUGCCGUUCGUUCCUAGAAACGAACCUGCGCCAGUUCCGAAACCAUGUAAAAUUAUGAAACGGUCGGGAGACGGUCACAAAUCAAAGAAACCCGAAAAGAAAAAAGACCCGAAAUGGCACAGUUCUACCUGUCCUUUAUGCCCUGAAAGACUUAGAGGCGGCUCAGAUCCAGUGGAACCAUUAGAAAUGGAGGGCGAAAACGCCCUGAUGCCCAUGUCGCCCAUGAUCGAGUGCAAAGGAGUCAUGGAUCAGUUUGACAGUAUAUUAGCGGAAUACAAAAAAGCCAUAGGACCGUGUGGUCAAGCAACUUGUCCAUACGCGCAGACCUUAGCAGAUGACACAUGUAAGCGAAUGUGCGAUCAAGAUCGUCCACGUACGACGCAAGAGGGCAGUACCAUUUCUUGUAACGAGCCACCAUGUAACGUUGAGGGCUGUCCUUAUGCCGGAGACACCAAGAAAAAGAGGUACCCUGCCGGCUGCGGAAAUCCCAAAUGCGCAUACACUAAAUAUAAGUUAGGUCUAGUGGACGAAGAUGCCGAGUUCGAACUUCAAUUUUUGCCGCCCGCUUUAGCUUCAAAUUGUGGUGAUCCGCAUUGUAAAUACCCGCUCGCGCCUCCGUUGCCCCCCAUCCAUUGGGAUUGUCCCGAUCCUCUACCGAAGGGCCCCUGCUCCAACCUGAACUGUCCCUUCCAACCUGCGAAGUUAAAGAAGUUGAAAACGAAAAAGGAGAUUAAAACGGGACCGUGUGGUAGUCCUUUGUGUCCCUAUGCUUUUCCGCAACCCUGUGGAUUUCCCACGUGUCCUUUUGCCAUGAAGAGUUGUCCGAUGGAGGAGCAAGAGAAACAAGAAAAAGAGCAACAAAAGAAGAAGAAAAAGGGUGAUAAAGACAACUUAUGUUCUAACCCCGAGUGUCCUUUUGCCGAUCAUUCAGAUCAGAAUAUCGAUGGGGAAUUUGUGGAUUGUGCUAAUCCAGAUUGUAUUUCUAGGAACAACAAGAAAAAGAAGAAGGACAAGAAGAAGAAAGAUAAAAAGAGGAAAAGCCCAUGCGGCAAUCCCAAUUGUCCAUUCGGCACAAUUAAAUCAGAAAAACCAGAUGAAGAAAGCCAGGAAAGCAUUUGCUCUAAUUCGGAAUGUCCCGCGAGCAAAAAGAAGAAUAAAUGCCAAGAGAGCUCGUCCGACAGCGUAAGCGUGUGCUCCGAUCCAGACUGUCCAUAUGCGGACUACAAGAAGCAAAAAGAGAAGGAAACGACGGAUGGCAGCGGUUCAGGUUCGACUUGUGAAGUCGGAAGUGACGAUUUGUGCACCAAUCCCAACUGUCCGGAGAGGUUGGCCAGGGGUCAAUCUGAUGUGUGCCCCGAACCAAACUGUCCGUAUAACAAGAAAAAAUUGAGUGACCCUUGUAACGAUCCGAAUUGUCCUUAUUUGAAGCCGCUGCCUUCCUGCGGGGUGCCUAAUUGCCCUUAUGAACCGGUGCCCUUAAGGUUUAAUUGCGUAAAUCCAGCUUGUCCUUCCAAGUCUGUCGAUUUUAGUAAAGUUAAAAGCAAACUGGGCAACGGAGAGAAGGCUGAUAGAAAAAGCGAUGAUAAGGGACAAAAUCUUCCAAUUUUACAAACCACGACGGUCUGCGAGGAAACUGUCAUAUGUGACGAAGCGGUGGCUUGCGAAAAUCCUGACUGCGAAAUGAAGGAGGACGGCACCAUAACAAAAAAGAAACCGAAAGCUAGGGAACAGACAGACCACAAAAAGAAACUGAGAAAGAGGAAGAAAAGGGGCAAAUUCGUGUAUACCAUGGGCGACACAUAUCCUGGUAAUAAAUUGGGUCACAAGGAGUGCGUCACUCCCGUCUUCAAUGUACCAUCUCACAUGGGUUGGUUGUGGAAUGUUUUCACGCCUAUUUUGGGACUAAAGCCAAGACGUGGUUGGAGACCGGGGGCCCUCACAAAAACGAUCGCGGCACGGAUUCGGGCGCACCGCCAAUCGAAAGGGCUGGGGCACCUACGGGUGCCCACAUUUAAAAAGGACGGAACCACAUUUGACGAGGGCGAAGUUAAGGUGGUGCCGAAACCGACGUUACAGAUCCAAAAGAAAGAGGGCACUUACUGGAUCACCAUGAAUCCUUUGAAAGAUCCCAACACAUUGGCUGAAAACGAGGAUCCCUACAUGGAAUGCACACCGAUGACCUUUAAAAUCACAAAAAACAAAAAACCGCAAGACGAUUAUUGUUACUGCGACGGCGAGGCUCCUCUGGAGGAAAACGCGUCGGGUGCUUCCUCUUCUUCAGAUAGUGAGCUGGACAUUGAAUUCACUCCUCCGGCGGGCAUCAUACACCCGGAAAGGUUCAAAAAGAAACCGAAUGUCGCGUGUUGCGAAGCCCAGUACGACCCUAAAGACUUUGAAGUGGCAAAGGAGAAAGGAAAAGGCAAAGGCAAAGAUAAAGGAAAGGGAAAGGAAAAGAAAGACAAAGGGAAGAAGGGCAAGGGCAAGAAAAAAUAAUUCUUUGUUCAGUUGGAGUGGUCAUAUUGUUUUGUCUUAUUAUGUUUGCUUUUGUUCUGUUGUAAUAUCAUAUACUUUAAUACAUUUUUUUAAACUUA